GACACUAAUAUUCAGAAACUCCAGGCUGGCCAUGUUGGUGCUCAGUUUUGGUCCGUGUAUGUUCCCUGCAGUGCUCAGAACAAAGAUGCCAUUCGCCUCACCCUGGAACAGGUCGAUGUUGUCACACGGAUGUGUGAAACAUACGAGGAAUUGGAACUGGUGACAUCUUCACAAGGGAUCGCUGAUGUGCGGAGCAACAAGAUAGCCUGCCUGAUCGGCAUCGAAGGCGGACACUCCAUUGACAGCAGUCUUGCGACUCUGAGGAUGUUUUAUGACCUGGGGGUUCGGUACAUGACGCUGACGCACAGCUGCAACACCCCCUGGGCACAGUCAGCAACGCAGCAGAAGGUACACAGCCUGUAUCCCGUCACCAACCGCUUGAGUGGUUUUGGAAAAGAAGUGGUGAAGGAGAUGAACCGCCUGGGUAUGAUAAUAGACUUAUCUCACACCUCUGACACAACGGCAAUGGAUGCUCUCAAAGUCUCCAAGGCACCCAUCAUUUUCAGUCAUUCGUCAGCCUUCUCAAUUUGCGGCCAUUCAAGUAAUGUUCCUGACCAUAUUUUGCAUCAGCUGAGGAUGAACAAUGGGAUGAUCAUGGUGACCUUCUAUCCAGAUAUUCUGGCCUGUGGCAAUGACAUUGUUGACAUUUCAACUGUGGCAGAUCAUCUUGAUUACAUCAAGGCAACCAUAGGUGCGGAACACAUCGGCAUCAGUGGAGACUAUGAUGGAGUGAACAAACAUCCCAAAGGCCUGGAGGAUGUCUCCAAAUAUCCAGCUUUGAUUGAGGAGCUGCUGAAGAGAGGUUGGAGCGAGGCAGAACUGAAAGGCAUUUUGAGAGAUAACUUCCUUCGUAUUUUCCGAGAGGUGGAAAAAGUGCGGGAUGAGAGUGAUUCUAUGCCAGCAAGUGAAGAAGAAAUUUCCCUGGAAGAUUUGGACAGCCCCUGCCGUUUCACUUGGAAAUCUCCUCCUGGAGCGGUCAUUUUGAAUUGA